UAAUUGAAGAAUCAACUUUUAAAGAAAUAGCUAAAUCUUUAACUUGGAGUAUAAUAAUCGAUAAAAGUACUAUUAUCACAAAUCAUAAAAAUCUUGCUAUAGUCUCUAAAUAUCUUGUUAAUAAUAUACCAUGUCAUAGAUAUCUUGGAAUGAUACAACUUACUUCUGGAACUGCUGAUUUUAUAACUAGUGAAUUGUUACAUUUUUUUAUUUCUAAAAAUAUUUCUACUAAAACAUUAUUUCAUAUGGGAUCUGAUGGAGCAAGUAUAAUGUUAG